GUUUAAAGCUUUUUGCGUAAAAGGCGGUCCAAAAUUACCUAAUAGUUUAAAACUUCUUACUUGUGUUAACAUAACUAGCUUGUGCUAGCGGCUUCGCCUGCGUUCCCGUGUCAUAGAUAGUACCUAGCCUAUAUGACAUAUACUCUACUCCAGAACAAAAUUUACUCCUGUUCCUUUCAUCUCGCUCCCUUCAGCAGUUUUGACGUGACGGAGUAACAAACAAACUUUCGCAUUUAUAAUACUAGUAAGAUAUCAUCACGCCCACGCUUGUUGUGCACUGAUAUCGCAUGUCAUUCCUAUAUACGCUCAUGUGUACAUUAAACAUACAAUAAAUUAUAAAAUCCUAGAUCUCUCAUUAUAAACACCUAUGAAAUAAUUAUUUUUUGGUAAACUAGAACAAGUUUACCGCUUUAGCCUUUAAUAUAUGCACAGUAGUAGGUACCUAUGUAUUUGCCUAUAUGGGACAAUAUAUGUUGGGUGAUAAAGGUUUAUAAAUGGCAUUUUCAGAGGCAAUAAUUUUGAGUACUUUAUUAAUUGAUUAUUUUUACUGUUUCAAGAUUAAUUAUCGAAAUCUUCUGUUUUAAAGAGCUUCAUAUAGUACUUUAUGCCCAGUAGCGUGGUUUGUUUGUUGCCAAGCAAUGGUAUUGCCAAAUGAAACGAAAUAGGGAUUGAAUCAAUAAUUAUGGAAUCGAGAAACUAUUCGAUUGAGGUUGGUACCUAUAGUUUUUUUAGUUGGUAUUCUUUUGUUUGACUAAAAGGAACGAACGGGAAGGAAGCAACAUAAUGGAGGUGUCUAGAGGUAAGAUGGGCCUUAGGUCGUAGGUCGCAUCAUCACUUACCAUCAGGCGAGAUAGCGGCCAAUCGCCGACCCAUUUAACAUAAAAGAAAGAUACUUAAGAUUCGUCAAAAUAGAUGUUGGUAUAAGUAGAAGGUACAGGUAGAUUGCAGGAAGCUUUCUGUUUAAAAAUGUUGAAUCUAGAAUCAAGUCAUUUGAUUUAUCUAUAAUAAUGUACAUUAAUAACACCUACUUUGAACCAAAGAGUAUAAUAAGUAGGUAUAGGAGAACUUUGAACACAGUCAGUGUUCACAUAACACCUCACACCUUAUAAUAUGUGACAUUUUUAUGACAAUACAGAAGUAAAAAUCCACAUGUCUAGUUUAUUACUUCAUUAUACAGUUAUUUUAAUAUUAUUAAAAAUAUUUAUUAAUUUAUUAUAAUUUAUUAGCUAGUAUAUUUUUCUCCAGUUUUUGAAAAUGGUAAUAACCGAAAGCGCGACUUCACUUAGACGUGCUGUUUGUGGGAGUGUAAGCUCGUCGUCUGAAUAUGUUUUAGGUGUUGAGCCUGCUAUUUCUGGUAAAUCUGUGAAACUAGCUCCUUCCGUGGUAACAAACAAGCGGUUACUGUACAAGGUGAUUUUCAAAGGGGUCGAUUGUACCCCUGACGAUAUCACUGACCCCGCGUACGCUAUCCUGGAUGAAAAGCUGACAAACACAGCUUUUGACGGGAAAUCGAGAUCCAGAAGUGAAGCAGCCAUUAAAUUCACGAGGUCCAAGUCCUUGAUAGCCAUGGGCGGCGGUGGACCUAAAGUUAUCGCCACCACUAUCAAUCUUGACGACAUCGAAAUCGAUCACACACUCAACACUGAGGAGGGCAUAGACACCGAUGACGGUCAGCUUUCCUUGGCGCCGUCUGCAUUUUAUUUACCAAAAAUGAAUCCGAUAACGUCGUACCCUCCAGAAAUGCUUGUUACGCUCAAAGAAACUGAAACUGUUUUCUUAAUAUCGUUGCCGAGUUUAUCAUGUGACAAAGGAUCAGCGGAAGGGCAAAUCGUUGAAGCCGACAAUACAUUCUAUGAGUUCAUUACAGUUGGAAAAGGUAAAAACCGAAAAAUGGUUAAUCAAGAAACUCAGACCAAUGCUAAAAUGACACUCACCCGGCAUACCAUAGCUACGAGGCCGGAGAAGAAGAAUGCCAUGUCAUUCGCUUCGAUGUGGGACAUGCACGACACUUACGCGCAUCUUAAAAUGAUACAGGAUCAAGAGGAGGAGGAUGAUGAGAUGGUGAUGUACCAGUCCGCAGCACCCUAUAUGUUGCGGAAGAAGAGAAGGAAGCUACUACAUCCAGAGAAAACGCGACCAAAGACAUUCGAAGCGAUUGGAGCCACGCCGCAAUACUUGGACGCAGUGCUCCUGACAGAACGUGUACUCGCUUCCUUGGAGUUCACUGCCGCCCAGAAAAUGUUUCGGGGACUUGUCACUGUCGAUCCGUUAUCAUUAGAUUUAGUUUACAUUUACACUUUAACUAAUUUGUGGACUUUUGAAUGUGAGGAGACUUUGAACAAACCAAUAAUUGAUAUAUCUUUCAAUGCGGUAUGCCCAAACAUUUGCGCUAUAGCUCAUGGAAAAUUCGGCUAUGCGGAUGUUUGUAAAGGCAUCGUUUGUGUUUGGUGUACCAAAAAUCCACGUAAGCCAGAAAGACUUUACAAUUUUGAAGUACCUGUCACGUCUGUGGGCUUCUCUGAAAAACAUCCUAAUUGGUUGGCAUGUGGGUUUUUUGACGGUGAUGUGAUAAUACUAGAUAUCACUUCAUAUACUCCAAAAAUAAUAGCAAAAAGCAAACGUGAUACAAAUCCCUGCUUUGAGCCAAUUUGGAUAGUAACUUGGCGGAUUUCUCCAGAACGAGACAGCGAGUACGUGAUGGUAGCUUGUCAGGAUGGACGGAUUCGUAGAUUGCAAAGCACAAAAACGCACGAGUUCAUCAGUACGCCCAUGAUGCGCGUAUCUGCCGUCGAAGGCAAGUUGAAGGGACUAGAAACUACCAAACCGUGCCCUAAACAUGACGUGCCCAUUACUCGAUAUCCCGCGGUGCUGUGUAUGAUAUGGCACCCCACUAUAGACCACUGCUACCUGGUGGGCACCGACGAGGGCUGCAUACACAGAUGUUCCACGCACUAUCUGAACCAGCACAUAGACGUGUACCGCGCUCACGCGGGCCCCGUCACUGACUUGUGUAACUCGCCCUUUAUGAACUACUUGCUGGCCUCGUGUGGCGCUGACAAUGCUAUUCGGCUGUGGAUAGAAGGCAUGGACGACGUUGUAAUGACAUUAGUCUGUCAAAGCGCUGUUAACGGGAUAUCGUUUUGUCCAAAUAACUCGACUAUCUUACUGUCUACGAGUGGGAAUACGUUGUCAGUUUGGGACUUGCGUCGCAAGAUUCACAUGCCAUGUGCCGAGUACCAGUUUCCUGGAAACGUGACGCUGACGUACAUAAGGUUCGAGAAAUCCGGCCACAAUGUGUACGUCGGGGACACGCAGGGCAGGCUGCAUACAUUAUAUUUGUCGGAUACGCCGAUAGCGCCAUACAAUCAAAAGAAACUGUUGGACGAAGCGAUAAGGAAAGCUCUCUGUACCAGACCAAGCAUGUUAAAGCAACUGGACAAGCUCCUUAGGUUCAACGCCCGCAAGGUUCGAGGUUCGUAGCUGGAACGAACAAGGAGACCUCGCAACGCAACAUGGCCAACAAAUAGUGAUAAUGUAGAUAUUAUUAUUAUUGUGAUAGAUCCGUCGCGAUAUAUCGAUAUUUUUGUUGUAGCUUUAGUAUAACCAUGCCGUAUUUAUAACAUACUUACAUUUAUUUUAGACUAUACUUUAACUUAAUUUACAUUAUUAAAACUA